ACAUACAAAGUGUAUUACAAACUUAUAAUUAAUUUUAUGAAAAUAACAUGAUAAUAAUAAUUUAAUUCAAUUAUAUGUGUGUAUAUAAGUACACACAUAUAUAAGUAAAUUUAAUAUUAUGUAUGAGUCUCACUUUUAUAAUUGAAGGAUAUAUUAUUAAUAACUGCACUAGUAUACUCUGUUUCACUGAUUGUAUUCAGAAGGAACAGUGCUAUUGACUAAUGAACUUGUCUUUUGUAAUGAUCUCAGAAAUAUUGUGAAAUUGCUCGGAGAAAACUUUCUGGGAUAUUCUUAUCAAUACAUGAACGCAAUCAUCAUUGAGGCAGAGUGUACUUACAGGUACACAUUCGCGCACACAUCGACUUAUAUUAAUCGGACAAUUCUAUAUAUAUAUAUAGAAUAUGUGGCCUGAUAUACAUAUAAUGAUAUAUAACAUAACAUUUUUAACUUCAAUAUAGUAUUGAUCGUAGAAUGCUUCAAGAAUGCUUAAUGUCGUUUAUUUGAAUCUGUACUCCUUGAAUGAUAUGAAAUUAAGGGAAAAUUUUGUCAUAUAAUGAAUGAACGAAUUAAAUGCAUAUCUUGGAAAUAUUGCAGCUAUAUAGUCUUUUAAGAAGAUAAAUAGGUCUAGAUCAUCGAAUAGUGUGUAUGUGUGUGUGUGUAUGUGGUUUUGUAUACACACAGAUGUGGUAAUCUUUCCUAUGGAGUGCAUUUUAUAUAUAUAUAUAUAUAUAUAUAUAUAUAUAUAUAUAUACAUAUAUAUAUAUACAUACAUACAUAUGGCAGUAAUAGAUUGUCUUUUCUGUAUCUAUAUUAUUUCUUUCAACAUCAUCAUCAUCAUCAUCGUUAAUAGAUAAUUUAAUUGAAGUAAUUAAAACGUAACAUAUAAAUUUAAUCUUUGGUGACAUGAAAGCCCAUGUAGUUUUAUUAAUAUUGUCCUAUUUGACGUGGACGAUCGCUGAUGUAGAUUUUGAUACAAAUAUGACAUUGUCGGAGUUAUACGAGAGUGCUGUGGAAGCAUAUCUAAACGAAGAAUGGGAUGAAUGUAUUAAAAGAUUUACCAAGGCUUUACGUGGGUAUAAAAUCUACAAACAAACAUUAAUAAAAUGUCGAAGAAAUUGUGCAAUGGAAGCAGAAGGGUGGCAACCAUUUUAUCCAGAGAAUAUAGAAGAUUUACAUUUUUAUGAAAAAAAAGUACGCGAGACACUUUGUUUAAUGAAGUGUAAUCAAGAUUAUAAGGAUAUUGCUAACAAACAAAAAAUUAAUCGAUUACCUAUUGAUAUAGAAAGGAAGUUCAUAGAACAUCGUGUUUAUGAAUAUUUGCAUAUAUGUUAUUAUCAGAAAAAUCAUUUCCAAGAUGCAGCUAAUGCAGUCUUCACUUUUUUGGUUAUGCAUCCGCACCAUAAUAUGAGUGCUAACAAUUUGAAAUACUAUCUCACCUUACCAGGUGUACAUGCGGAUAAUGUUUCCAAUUUGGAGAUGUCACAUUUCUUAAUUCCUUAUACUACUGGUGUGUCAGAAUAUGAAAAGGAAAAUUAUAAGAAGUCAGUUAAAUUGUUUGAAAAUUCUUUGGCAGAUUACUUGAACUUGGAAAACGAAUGUAGAAUCUAUUGCGAAGGACCUUUCGACCAAGGAUGGCAUCCUGAAUUCACAUCCUUAUUAGCAAAUCAUUUUACUUACUCUUUGAAAUGUAAACGUAGCUGUUCGCGUUUGCUUAAUUAUGUGAAUGGAGAAAAUCGAGAUGAUCUACUCAGAAGCCAUUAUAAUUAUUUACAAUUUGCUUAUUAUAAAUUAGGAAAUUUAGCAGCAGCAGCAAAAGCAGUUGAAAGCUAUUUAUUAUUUGAUCCAGUUGAUGAAACAAUGUUAAACAAUAAAAAAUAUUAUCUUGGAUUACCGAAAGUAAAAAAGGAAUAUUUUGUCCCAAGAGAGGAAGCACUUGCUUAUAUGAAGAGACAAGAAUAUGAACGAAGAAUUUUGCGUUACAUUUCCGAAGAAUUUACAAUCUUAUCUGCAGAAUUGAAACAUGCAUCAAAUAAAACGAAUAAGCAAGAAAAUGAAGUUCAUUAAAUUUUUAUCAAAAGAACUUUUUAAAAUCCUAAUUGUUAUUUGUCUAUACUAUAUACGCAUGUGUAUGUUAUGUGUUGUGUAUUAUACGUUUUAUAUAUAUAUAUAUGUAUAUAAUAAAAAAUUUAUAUCGCUUAUUCGUGUUUACAUACAUAUAAUUUCACGUUCAUGCAUGUAUGUAUAAAAUGUUGCCUAUUAACAGGGAGGAUAAACUCUCAUUAUGAUAUAUUCUCAAUGUGUAUUGUAAACAGUUAAGCUGAAAAUAAUAUUAUAAAUAGAUAAUUAAAAAAAUAAUAAGAUUAAUUAGGAUUAGGUUGUAUAAAUAAUUGUCUUUUCCGUACAUGUUGUACAAAUGUUUAUUACGAAAUUAUAGUGACAUCUGCAUAUCACAGGGAGCUCAGUCGAUUCAUCGGAAACCACUCCAUCAUUAUGUGUGAUAAAAUUAUGAUAUAGAUAUAUUAAAAUUAAUAUGAUAAACAUAUGAUGUUAAAUCGUCUAAGUACAAAUUAUAUAAAGUUAAUUAUUAAUAAUAAUGUCAUUAAUAUGUAAUCGUUUUAAUAUAUAGUAUAGAAAUAAUGAGAACAAGUAUUAAUAAUACUGUCUUAAUCAAAGAUUUAGUUGAUGAAAAUUAAUAAAUUGAAUGCAAGUCUUUCGGUUUAUUAAGAAUCAUAGCAAAUGGAGUGGUUACUAAUGCCAUCGUUAUUUAGUAUUACUUCUCUCGAUAAAAUAGAAUGAGUAUCGCAUAUUAACGAAAAAAAUUUUUGGAUAAAAAUGAAAUACAUACACAUAUACAAAUAUACAGGAUGUCUCGAAAUAAUAUUAGUCGAAAUAGAUAUUUUGCAUUGAAAAUAUGGUAAAGAUGAUAGAAAUUAAAUUAUUUUUAUUUUCUAUAAAAAAAAAAAAAAGAAAAAACUAUUAAAAUAUUUUUAAUAAAUGAAGUGUAAAAAAUAAUAAAUGUAAUUCCAAUUUUAAAUUAUGAAAUGCAAAUAAGAUUAAAAUGAAGAAAAAACACGUGAUUAUUUCACACAACUGGAAAAUAUAAAUAAUAAAAGAUUUGUUUGAUAUAUAUUAUUAUAUUAUUAUUUAUUGAGCUAUAUUUUGCUCAGAAAUAAUUGUGAACUUGACAUUAGACGGUAAUAUUUAUUAAAAUAUACAAAAUAAUAUUUCAUUAAAAAAAAUUCUGAAUUUCAAAGUUUAAAAAAUAAUAAAAAUAAAUUUUUAUAGAUUUUUUGCUAUUUACUAAAUUAUUAUAGUUCGGUCGCUAUUCCGCCUAAAACUUACCUCAUGACAUUCUGUAUAUGCAUAUAUAAAUCAUUUAGAAAAAAAUAUAAUCUAAACAUAGGUCCAAUUCUACGAAGUUAUUACGGCAUAUCAAAGUUUUAUUACUACUAUAAUAAAUUCACAAUAAAACUUUGAUUUACUACUAGUUAUGAUACUUUUUAGUAUAAGACCUAUGUUCAUAGGACAUUUUUUUCCAUAAAAUGACUUUCUCAACAAACUAUGAUUUUUUUUUUACAUUCAUUAUGAAACAUCCUGUAUACAUAUUAUAGGAACAUUAAUGAUCAAAGCUUCUUUUUGUUGUUAGAUUUUUUUUUAUAACAAUAGAUACGGAAGUAUCUGUUACGUAUCAAAUAAAUUGGCCAAAGAAUGAUGUUAUACAUAAAGUCCCACAAUGAAAUCUAAUUUGUGAUUACACAAGUUAGUUUUAUAGUAACGUAAUUAAGCACAAAUAAUUUGUCAAAUCCAUAUAGUUUGCACAUUAAUAUACGUUACCAUUUCAUAUUACCAUCCAUAUAUAGUAUGACGCAGUAAAGAAUACAGGCAUUGGUUUAAAUCAUAUUUGGUAAAAAGAAAUUGUGAAAAUAUAUAUAUAUAUAUAGAUAGGUAUAUGCAGCUUAACAAAAGAACAAUUCAUUGAUAUGCGAUUUAUUAAAAAAUAAUGUAUAGAAUGUUUCUCAGGAAAUAGAACAACUUGAAAAAUUUCUUUCAUUUAACAAACUUAACUUAAAAUUUAACUGAAUAAUAUGUAAUAUGGUAUUUGAAGGCAACUAGGCAAGUGAUUUCGGCAUAAAUGCAAAAGUAAUACUUGACAUAAUUAUUCGGGAAAUUAAUGUUGAUUUAUUACAACAGUAAUUAAUGAUGAUAUAUAAAAAAUCUCUCUCUCUAUAUAUAUACAUAUAUAUAGUUACGUAUCUCGUGAAAUGAUAACAAAGAAUAUUGAAGACCUUUGUAAGCAUAAAUACUAUCAAGAAUGUCUUAACUCAAACUGUUAAAGGAGUGAGAAACCUUUGGUUCUUGCAUAACAUUAGAUUUUCAUCAAACAUUUUUACAAAUCAUUCUUUACUUAUCAAACUGCAUAUGGUAAAGAUAUAUCAUUAAAGCUACUCCAUUUAGUCAUUAAAUUAGUAAUCUAUCAUUUUAGAGUGAAUAUACUUUUAUCUAAACUUUAUCCAGAUUCAUCUUAGAAUAACGCAUGACAAUCUUAACAAGUUUUACAACAAAAGUGACUUUUGUCAUCGUUUGUAGUCCAUAAAAUGAAUUAUCUUAUAAACGAUUUUUGCACAAAAGCUUUCUGUACACAAUUAUAAUUUCUUUUCUAUUGAAAAUUACAUUUGAGUAUAUAUAUAUGUAUGUGUAUAUACACCUUCCUGCUAAGUAUACAAAUAUUUCGUUUUACUUUAAAGUUCCUAACGGUAUCUCAUUUAUAAUAAUGUGAUGUCUACAACAAAAUAACGAAAAAUUUAAGAAGAUAAAAAUAUUUUACUGCUGUAUGUUAGCUGAGCCUUCAUGUAAAAACAUUCAUAUUACACAUUUUGAUUAUGAAAAGAGAUUAAAACUGGCGAGUAUUGCUGCGAAAAUAUGCUGGAUACCAAAGUUUAUAUGUAGCUAAUAUAUUCUUAUAUUAUUUAAAUAAUUAAACACAAUUAAUCUCAAUGUUUUAUAUUUUUUUACAAAUCAAAAAACAAAAGAAGAAAGAAAAACUAAAGAAA